AUACGAGCUGAUAUUUUGAUUAUCAAAUUUCCCAAAAAUCAUUUAUUGUCGGAAUCAAAUUUAGAUUUAGGUGGUUUUGAUUGGGAGAAGAAAUGGAAAAAGUAAAGAAAAGGGGAUAAAGGACUACUUUCUAGGAGUACAACAAAAUGGUCUACGGUUGGACCCUGAAAGAAAGAGCAAGAAAGAUUGAAGAGAUGUACUGUACUCUUCUCCCCACUCAAAUCUUAGCUUCUCCAAACCCUAAAUUAAGUUGUCUCCGUCUCACUCACCCCUCUUUCCUUCCUUCCUAUCUCUCCUACUCUUAAAUCUAAGCCAAACAAUUUGGUAUGAUGAUGUUCCUUCUACUCUGGUAGUUGGUAACCAACCUUUAGUUUUUUCAAUUGGGCAUUUAUGUUUAAAUAUUUCUGGGUUAUUUCUUAAGUAAAAGUUCAAGUCUUUAAUUUUUAGAUCUGGUUUUGUUACUUUUGUUAGUGAAGAUAUGAAAAAGAAUAGGUCUUUGUUGAAUUUGAAUGAUUUCUUCUUGUGAUUAGGAUUAAACUUUGAAUUUUUAAUAACCAUUUGUAGUAAUGAAAUGGGAAUUUGAUUGUUUCUAACUCAAGCAAGGAUUUUCUAGUCUAGGAUCUUUCUGAGUCUUAGUUUCCUAUGUGGGUCAACUCUACAAGUUGGGCUUUUUUAGGUUAAAAUUGUGUGGAUGUUGUUGUAUUAAGUUGACUUUUCUUUCAUUUUGAUAAAGUUAUGAGUUUGGACUUAUGGUUGGUUUUGAAAGUGAAUAUGGAAGAAAUUUGGGAUAUGUAUGAGUAAAGUGUACUAAAAUCACAAAGUAUAUAACAAUUUAUAAGAAAACAGUAUUAUAAGAUUAGUGUAAGAAUGUCUUUUAGAAGCAUUUUACAUGAUAUGAAAGAGGAACUUGGGAGUAUAUCUAGGAAAGGGUUUGAUGUGAAAUUGGGGCAUGGUUUUAGAUCAAAGUCUCAAAGAGUGGUUCAAGAUAAUUUUGUGGUGAUUGAUGCUUUUAAGCAGAGUUGUUGGGCUAACAUGCCUCCUGAGCUUUUGAGAGAUGUACUUAUGAGAAUUGAGACAUCUGAGAGCACCUGGCCGCCUCGACGCAAUGUCGUUGCUUGUGCUGGUGUGUGCAGGAGUUGGAGAGAAACUACGAAGGAGAUUGUCAAAACACCCGAGCUUUCGGGCAAGUUAACAUUCCCCAUCUCAGUGAAGCAGCCUGGAUCAAGAGAUACUCUCAUUCAGUGUUACAUCAAGAGACACCGUGGCAGCCAAACUUAUUAUUUAUUUCUUGGUUUGAGCUCAGCUUCAUACGACGAUGGAAAAUUCCUUCUUGCUGCUAAAAAGUGUAGACGCCCAACUUGCACGGAUUACAUCAUUUCCAUGAAUCCUGAAUAUGUCUCCAAAGGGAGUAGUGCCUAUAUUGGGAAAUUGAGAUCCAAUUUUCUGGGGACGAAGUUUACAAUAUAUGAUACACAACCUUCAAAUGCUGGAGCGAAGAUGACGAGAAGUCGUUCCACUAGACUAGUGGGAUCGAAACAGAUUGCCCCCAGGGCUCCUGCAGGCAACUAUCAUGUAGCACACAUCGCAUACGAGCUGAAUGUGCUGGGCUCUAGGGGUCCGAGGAAAAUGCAGUGUGUCAUGGAUACUAUACCUGCUUCUGCUAUUGAACCUGGAGGACUGGCCCCUACGCAGACCGAAUUUGUGAACAAUAACGUGGAUUCGUUUCCUUCAAUAUCCUUUUUCAGGUCAAAAUCAAUUAGAGUGGACAAUUGCCAAUCCGAAGCUAUUCCUAUUCGAAAAGAGGGAAUGUUAUGUCUGCGAAACAAGGCUCCUCGAUGGCAUGAGCAACUUCAGUGUUGGUGUCUUAACUUUAAUGGUCGUGUAACUGUUGCUUCGGUCAAGAACUUUCAACUCGUUGCUUCCCGGGAGGAUGGUUCGGAGCAUGAAAGUGUUAUCCUUCAAUUUGGGAAAGUCGGAAAGGAUGUUUUUACCAUGGAUUAUCAAUAUCCGAUCUCUGCUUUUCAGGCAUUUGCCAUCUGUCUUAGCAGCUUCGAUACCAAAAUUGCCUGUGAAUGAUGAUGUUUUAAGGUAAUUCUAACAUUGGUGUAAACGAGUGAAACGGAUGCGCUUAUCUACAUUGUCGGUGUUGGUGUCGUAAAAUCUGAACUCCUUAGGAGCAGCAGUGAAUUUGAUUAGUUAGUUUAUUUACUAUCGACUCUAAUUUUCAUUCCUGUACAUAUAAUCGAAGUGAAUGCUAAAAGAAACGCUUCAAGCAUACUUGACCGCGUCGUUUAUUGUCUGAACACUUCUGUUUCCUGCUUUUUUGGGGGGUGAGAAUGUGCGAGAAAACCCGCCUCCGGAAGGUUUGUUGCCGUGGUCGCCAUAGGUUGGCUUGCUAGUUGCUAGUUGCUAGUGUAACUUUCCUGAUGUGUAACUGUAGACGCCCCGGUUUGGCGAGGAUGGUUGUCCGGGGGAGUUUCCCAAAUUUUCUUGUGUCAUAGACUAAGCAUUUGUUGAUGGAAUGGAUAAUAGUGUUCUCGUUGUGCUGAUA